GUGGGGAAUGAGCCUCAGGAGUGAUCAAGCAUCGUAGCAGAAAAAAAAAGGAGACCAAGAUGGGGAACUGCUGUCAGAGCGCAUCCAACUUCUUUGGGCCUCAGAAGAACACCAACGUCCGCGUCAGCCUGCCGGCCGUCUGCUUCGUCUGGCAGAUUGCUAUGAUUGUGCUGUUUGGGGUCUUCAUCCGCUACGACAAGGAGGCAGAUGCUCACUGGGUAGAGUUGAAAAAGGAAGAGAACCUCACGGACCUCCAGAACGAGUUCUACUUCAGAUAUCCAAGCUUCCAGGAUGUCCACGUCAUGAUCUUUGUUGGCUUUGGUUUCCUCAUGACCUUCCUGAAACGUUACAGUUUCAGCGCCGUGGGCUUUAACUUCCUGAUCGCAGCCUUUGGGCUGCAGUGGGCUCUCCUCAUGCAGGGCUGGUUCCACCACCUCGACCAUUCCACUGGAAAAAUCUACAUAGGGAUUGAAGGUUUGAUAAAUGCGGAUUUCUGCUGCGCCGGCUCUCUGAUCGCCUACGGAGCCAUCCUGGGUAAAGUCAGCCCUGUGCAGCUGAUGAUCGUCACCUUGUUUGGAGUCACUCUGUUUGCCGUGGAGGAAUUUAUCAUCCUGGACCUUCUUCAUUGCAGAGAUGCUGGUGGCUCCAUGGUCAUUCACUGCUUCGGAGGUUACUAUGGUUUGGCCAUCUCCUGGGUGCUUUACCGACCAAAUCUACACAGAAGUAAACGACUCAAUGGAUCGGUUUACCACUCUGAUGUAUUUGCAAUGAUUGGCACGUUGUUCCUGUGGAUGUUCUGGCCCAGUUUCAACUCCGCCAUCACAAACCACGGCGAAGGGCAGCACAGGACCGCAAUUAACACUUACAUCGCCUUGGCGUCCUCCGUCCUCACGACGGUGGCCAUCUCCAGCAUGUCGAAGAAGGGAGGAAAACUGGACAUGGUACACAUCCAGAACGCCACUCUGGCAGGUGGUGUUGCCAUGGGAACUGCAGCAGAGUUUAUGAUCACCCCCUACGGUUCACUCAUUGUGGGAUUUUGCAUGGGCAUCAUCUCUACUUUUGGCUAUUUGUUCAUCACGCCCUUCUUAGAGACGCGCCUUAAGCUGCAAGAUACGUGCGGUAUCCACAACCUGCACGCAGUACCGGGGAUGCUCGGGGGCUUCAUAGGAGCCAUCGUCGCAGCAACAGCAAGUGAAUCAGUCUACAGCAAACAGGGGCUGAUCAGCACAUUUGACUUUACUGGAAAGUAUGAAAACAGAUCUCCAGGAACACAGGGAGGCUACCAGGCUGCAGGAGUGUGUGUGGCCAUGGCCUUCGGGCUCGUUGGAGGAGCUAUUGUUGGUUUCAUCCUGAAGUUCCCAAUCUGGGGUGAUGCUGGUGAUGACUACUGCUUUGAUGAUGAGGCCUACUGGGAGCUUCCUGAAGAGGAGGAGACUCUUCCUCCUGUCUUGGAGUACAACAACCACAUGACCCAUCAAAAGCACCAGGAUGUAAACGAGUCCAGCUUCUCUGUGGAAGAAAGCUAGAGCUGCACUGGGAAGACCAAACCCACUUCAGCUGUGAAGCAAAGCUAAUUUAUGAAGGAACUCCAGCUCUACGAGAACGAAUUCUGUCAAUCUGUGCCAUCAUAUUUAACGCUAAUAUAUUAGAGGCUUGAAUUUAAAGUCACAAAACAUAAAAAUAAAUGAUCAAACCAUGUAAAAUGAGGAAAUAUAAAUAUACGUUUUUAUCUAAAUGCUGUUUCUUUGUCCACAUCUGUGAGAUUUGAUCUUUUGAAUUCAUACAAGAACCAGAUUUUACCUCUUUAAUUAUUUUCAUCAUUAAAAAAUGUGUUUUUAAAUCACUAAAAAAGUCCAGAAUCCAUGGAAAUUUUAGAAAUGUGAUUUUCUGGAAUGACACAAGAAUAAUGGCUUGUACAUAUGUGUGUAUGUUUUUGUGUAUUUGUAGUUUAAUGUGUUAAUUAGUGCUCUCAGUUGAAGCUCUGAGUAAUACAACUUCCUACUAUUUUGUCGCUGCAGCGUUGAAUGUUACUUUCUUGCACUUCAGAAGGGAUAUCAAGCACUAAAUGUCUUUUUGUAGUAAAUAUAUCACACAUAUUAGAGUCUUUAUCAUAAGAUGUGCAGCCUUCGAGCAAAGACUACAUAAAAAAACUAUUUUAAUGGCUGAAAUGUCGUUUUAAGUACCUCAGAGUUUUAUAAACAAAACAAUAGCAGGCAAUCUGCUGCAUGUCAGACACAUUUUUGAACAGUUACUGCUCUUUCUCUGAGCAGUGCAUGUAUUGGACUGUGUGUGAUGUGCAGGUUAUAUAGACGUCUUUAUUAAUGAAAGGCAUAUUCCAGUCACAUGUAAGCUGAAUAAUAAAAAACAAAAUUCACAAUAAA